CUAAGGAUCAUAUCCUACACGCCCAGCACUGCAAUGCUGCUACCUGGUAAAGGGCGAAAAAAAUCUCCAACUCCAAGCUCCCCAUGACAGUAUUUCGCCAGAAUGGUCAAGAAAUCCUGCACAGGCGGGGUUUACCCUGGUCCAGCCGUGGAGAAAAAGCUAAAAGUCGGCUUUGUCGGGCUAGAAGCUGGGGCUAGUACGGAUUUAAACAGAGAUGGGGCGCUGCUCAUAGCAGGUGCCGACGCCGAGGCAACAAAGCGAGGCAGCAUCCUUAGCAAACAGAGAUCCAGCCUCUCUGGCAAACCGAAGCCUCCAAAGAGAAAUGCAUUCUACAGAAGAGUGCAGAAUUUUCUUUAUAAUGUUUUGGAGAGACCAAGAGGAUGGGCAUUUAUUUACCACGCAUACGUUUUUGUGCUGGUCUUCUCCUGUCUGGUCCUCUCUGUGUUUUCAACCAUUAAGGAGUAUGAGAAGAGUUCCGAAGAUGCCUUGUAUAUACUGGAAAUAGUCACCAUCGUGGUGUUCGGCGUGGAGUACAUAGUGAGGAUAUGGGCCGCCGGAUGCUGCUGCAGAUACAGAGGAUGGAGAGGCCGUCUGAAAUUCGCCCGCAAGCCCUUCUGCGUGAUCGACGUCAUGGUGCUGAUUGCGUCCAUCUCUGUGCUGGCGGCGGGAACCCAGGGGAAUGUCUUUGCUACGUCGGCCAUCCGGAGUUUGAGAUUCCUGCAGAUCCUGCGCAUGAUCCGGAUGGACCGCCGUGGAGGCACCUGGAAACUCCUGGGAUCUGUCGUCUACGCUCACAGCAAGGAGCUGAUCACGGCGUGGUACAUCGGCUUCCUCUGCCUCAUCCUGGCGUCUUUCCUGGUCUACCUGGCAGAAAAAGAGGACAACGACCAGUUUGAGACCUACGCAGACGCACUGUGGUGGGGCCUGAUCACCCUGACUACCAUUGGGUACGGAGACAAGUUUCCCAUAACGUGGAACGGACGUCUUCUUGCCGCAACCUUCACCUUGAUUGGAGUAUCUUUCUUUGCACUUCCAGCAGGUAUCUUGGGCUCCGGCUUCGCCUUGAAGGUCCAGGAGCAACAUCGACAAAAACACUUUGAGAAGAGGCGGAAUCCUGCGGCAGGACUUAUUCAGGCCGCAUGGCGCUUCUACGCCACUAAUCUCACCCGGCCAGACCUGGAGUCGACGUGGGAUUAUUACGAACGCACCGUAUCCUCACCGAUGUACAGACUGAUCCCUCCGCUGAAUCAACUGGAUCUCCUGAGAAACCUGAAGAGCAAGUCGGGACUGUCAUUCAGAAAGGAAUCCCAACCGGAGCCCUCCCCAAGUCAGAAGGUCAGCCUGAAGGAGCGUGUGUUCUCCAGUCCCCGGAGUUCGGGGAACAAAGGGAAAGGUUCCCCCCAGGGCCCCAGUGGACAAGGCAGCCAGGGCCAGGGUCAGGGGGGCCAAGGUCAGGGCCAACCCAUCCGCCGGUCCCCUAGUGGGGACAACAGCAACGAAGACAGCCCUAGCAAAGUGCCCAAGAGCUGGAGCUUCGGAGAACGCAGCCGGGCGCGUCAGGCCUUCCGCAUCAAGGGAGCCGCCUCACGCCAAAAUUCAGAAGAAGCCAGCCUCCCUGGUGAGGAAAUAGCGGACGACAAUAAGAGCUGCCACUGUGAGUUUGUCCCUCAGGACUUAACUCCCGGACUCAAGGUCUCCAUCAGGGCCAUUUGCAUUAUGAGGUUCAUGGUCUCCAAGAGGAAGUUCAAAGAGAGCCUGCGGCCGUACGACGUGAUGGACGUCAUAGAGCAGUAUUCAGCAGGCCACUUGGACAUGCUGGCCCGCAUCAAAAACCUCCAGUCCAGGAUAGAUAUGAUUGUUGGUCCCCAUGGACCCUCAACUCCACGCCAUAAGAAGUAUUCAUCUGAUGGACCCAAAGUGUCACCAAAAUACUCUCCUAGAGUUGACCAGAUUGUUGGUCGAGGUACUCCAAUCACAGAUAAAGACCGUCCCAAAGGAACCACUGACAGUGGGGUUGAAGAGGACACAAGCAUGAUGGGGCGCCUAGGGAAAAUGGAGAAACAGGUCAUGUCAAUGGAAAGGAAGCUGGACUUCUUGGUGAACAUCUACAUCCAGCGCAUGGGCAUCUCACAGUCGGAGACGGACGCCUACUUUGGGUCCAAGGAGCCCGAACCAGCACCGCCCUACCACAGCCCUGUGGACCACAUGGAGAAGAGUGGCUCCAUCACCAAGAUCAUCCGAUCCAACAGCUCUAUCGGACAGAAGAACUUUGACCCACCGCCAUCCUGCUCCGGCCCGGGGGUCCACUGCCCACCCUCCACCUCCUGGCAGCAGCACAACGUCAGCGAGUUCCACCAGCCUAGCCAAGGCAACUUACCCUCUCCUGUAGGUGAUCACUCCUUGGUCCGUAUCCCUCCUCCGCCGGCCCACGAGCGCUCCUCUGGAGGCCACAACGGGAGCAAUCGGGGAUCCCACCGCAACAGCGGUGGUGGAGGAGGAGGUGGUGGAGGUGGUGGAGGAGGAGGUGGAGGCAGUGGCGAAGGGGAUAGAGAGGGCAAGCCAGACAGCGACACGUCCAUCUCUAUCCCCUCAGUGGACCACGAGGAGCUGGAGCGCUCCUUCAGUGGCUUCAGCAUCUCCCAGUCCAAGGAGAACCUGGACUUCCUGAACAACAGCUAUUUCAGUGGCGUAGCCCGCUGCGCCAAGGUAAGGCCCUACAUCGCAGAAGGUGAGUCCGACACUGAUUCCGACCUCUGCGCCCCCUCACCCAACUCGGCCACCGGAGAAGGCGCUUACGGGGACCGAGGGUGGUCAGGAUCCAAGUAGGCCAAAAUUGGAACCUCAUAUAAAUGGGGCCAUGGUGACUCUGCCUUGGAGUUCAGAGCUGAGAGUCCGAUAUGCUGGGUGUGAGGCUGCUGCUACCACCAAUGGUACAUGUGAGAACAGAGUCACCCAGCUCCUCUUAAAUGACUGCAACGUAGAGUGAGAAAAAGGGUUUAUCAGACCACACUCCAGCAGUUUUUACUGAGAAAGCGCCUGUAGUUUUUCAUACUUGGAAGGUUUGCAGCAACUUGACUUAGAGCAAACACAUUUGUUCUCAUGUAUUCACACACUCAUCAAGGUGAAGUUUGCCAGUGAUUUAAAAAAAUAUCUGACUCUGGAAUGCAGAUUAAUUGCCAACCUUCAAAAUUAUGAUUGAGAUGGUUAAAGAGUUAUCACACAGGAGAUACAGGUCCCGUGUGGCUCAGCUGGUAGAGUGCAGCACUUGCAAUGCCAGGGUUGUAGGUUUGAUUCCCACAGGGCAUCAAUACGAACGAACAUGGAAGUGUAUGCACUCACUGUUGUAAGUUGCUCUAGAUAAGAGUGUCUCCUAAAUGACAAAAAUAAUAAUUCUAUAAAAUAUACUAGAAUUUGAUCUAAACUAUGACAUUCAUGUUCUUUUGCUGAUACUCUUUGUUUUUGAUACGUGGCAUAAGAGAUUCCCAAUUGCAUCUAAAAUGUAAUGUAUUGUAUUUCUAUCCCAAAGGACUUAUUAUUUACAGUGAACAACAGAGGACAUGUUUUGCAUUAUGGUUGAUCAGCUAAAUGCAUAUAUUUCAAAGGAAUGUAAUAUUAUCAACAUUAUGGCUCGUGUCCAUAAGCCCUAUGGGAUAAAGGGACGUGAUAACCAGUUCUAUGUGCACUAUUCUGUUGUGGUUGUUGUACAAAAACACUGAUGGUAUUUACAUCACACUACUUACUAAAGAUAUUGUACAUAUUCUAUUCAAUACCCACUACCCACAAUAUUGCAUUUGUGAUAUCCACAAAGAUGCUUUCUAUGGGUAGAGGUACAUUUGGUUUAGUCUUUAUAUGAUCUGUAAAGAUGUAUUUUAUUGAUUUGUAUAUAUCAAAUCAUUUAGAUGUGUGUAUCUAUUUAUUAAUUUCCUGUAAGAAUUACAUAAGCAACUUGGGCACAAAUGCCUUGCAGCUGUCUUGAUUUUUUUAUUUUGAUUAAUAUUUGCUAAAAAAGUGUUUCUAAGAAUCAAUUAUUCAAAUGCACUAACACUUAACAGCUAGAUCAAUGAAAUAACACUCAACUGGAAACAUUAACAUAGUUCACUAGUAUACAAUUACAACAGCUACAGUUAGAUGGAAGGUUUGAUAUUUUGUUGGUAUAAAAUAUAAUUUCAAGAUGAUAAAAAUUGUAACGAAAUAUUUAGGCAGGCCUACCUCACUUCCCACUGCUGAACACAGGACAGACUUCACACUGCUGAACACAGGAUAGGCUUCACACAGCUGAACACAGGAUAGGCUUCACACUGCUUCACACAGGACAGACGUCACACUGCUGAACACAGGAUAUGCUUCACACUGCUUCACACAGGACAGACUUCACACUGCUGAACACAGGAUCGGCUUCACACUGCUUCACACAGGACAGACUUCACACUGCUUCACACAGGACAGACUUCACACUGCUGAACACAGGAUCGGCUUCACACUGCUUCACACAGGACAGACGUCACACUGCUGAACACAGGAUAGGCUUCACACUGCUUCACACAGGACAGACGUCACACUGCUGAACACAGGACAGACGUCACACUGCUGAACACAGGAUAGGCUUCACACUGCUUCACACAGGACAGACGUCACACUGCUGAACACAGGAUAGGCUUCACACUGCUUCACACAGGACAGACGUCACACUGCUGAACACAGGACAGACGUCACACUGCUGAACACAGGAUCGGCUUCACACUGCUGAACACAGGACAGACGUCACACUGCUGAACACAGGAUAGGCUUCACACUGCUUCACACAGGACAGACGUCACACUGCUGAACACAGGACAGACGUCACACUGCUGAACACAGGAUAGGCUUCACACUGCUUCACACAGGACAGACGUCACACUGCUGAACACAGGAUAGGCUUCACACUGCUUCACACAGGACAGGCUUCUCACUGCUGGACACAGGACAGGCUUCAUUCACACUGCUGAACACAAGACAGGCUUCCCACUGCUGAAGACAGGACAGGCUUCCUUCCCAAUGCUGCACAGGACAGGCUUCUCACUGCUGAACACACUUUGACAUGAUAUUUAAUGUGAGCCAACAUGGGGACAUUCAACAAACUGUGUUAGCCUUUGAAAAGGCCUUUGGUCCAUUAAUGCUGCAAUAAUUUGGGUAAUUAUGUAUAAAAUGGAUUCAUUGUGUAAUGUUUCAUUGUUGUAUUUUCGAAGAAAAAAUCAUGUACGAAUGUACACUAGCGGUCAAAAGUUUUAGAACACCUACUCAUUCAAGGGUUUUUC